AUGUGCUGCAGAAAAGUGAAAUCGUGCGCCAGGAACGAAAAGCUGCUAAAUAUUACAGGCGUGAGCACCCCUGAGUUCGUCACCACCAAUAUUGGGGACGAUACUAACAAGGGACAUAUGACAAUCCCUGGACGAAAUUCAAAUGGAAACGCUGUGGGCGACAAUGAUCAUGAUGGUGUGUUGACGACACCAGAAGAGUCUGUACGGAACAACUACAUGAUGCUCAAAGCUGAGCAGUCGUGGUUACAGAAUGGGCACGAGCCCUCGGUGGAAUCAGGACGUGCGCGAAGGAGAGACUCGGUUUAUAUAGCCAUAGAAGGCUUUCGACAGCUUCAACGUCGAAAUCACAACUGA